AUGUCCUUGUCCAUCGGACCCCUAGAAUCGUCUGAAAUGUCAGAGUACAUAAGAAUGCAACUCAAUGCAUUUCCGUCCAUGACCGCUCGCAUCCUGUAUGCACCUUCUCCUGAGACUGCAGAACAGACACGAUUCCAGAACCUGGAGCUAUUGAAGAACAAUCCCGAAGUCUAUUUUCAAAAGACUUUCGACCCAGCUACGGGGGAUAUACUGUCCUGCGCGAAGUGGAAGAUUUAUCCAAACGGGCGAGAAGAAGCAAAAAUGGAUUCCCCAAAGCUGGGUUCAUCUCAAGAACCUGCAGUAGGAUGGGAAGCUGAAGCAAAAAAGACUUUUCACCAUUCUCUUUCUCGAUAUCUGCGGGAUUUCAUGGGCACUCAGCCUUUCUACCACUUGGACAUGCUCAUGACGGAUCCUCGAUUUUCAAGACGAGGUGCCGCCCAGAAAAUUAUAGACUGGGGUAUUGCCGAAGCAGAUAGCAAGCAGCUUCCCAUAUAUCUUGAGAGCAGCUUGAUGGCGCGAUCCUUGUAUGAGCGGAAUGGCUUUCAACGCGUCCAAGACUUCACCAUGGACCUAGCAAACUAUGGUGGAGUUGGAGCCGAGAGAGUCACGAUCAUGAUUCGGAUGCCAAAAUCUACAUAA